CGCCACUUGAGAUUAAUACAAGUUGGAGAGGAUCCUGUGCUUGCUGGUAUGCAGUGAGCUGCACCUGGUCGGUCACCUAUGAAGUUUUAAGGACAAAGGUCCCCUCCUCUGCCUUGGGAAUAAGUAAUGAAUUCUUAUGCGUGAGGUGGAAUCUUUGCUUUCGUCCGCAAAGAAUUGGGAUAAAAAUACGUUACUGGGGUUGAAAAAGCGGUUCCCCUUAGAGGAGAAUGAUCAGAUUUAUCCAGCAGGCAUUUUCGGUGUCCCAGGCACUGUGCUAGGCAUUAGGGAUACAGAGAUAGAAGGAAGAAUGCCCUCUGUUCAGAGAGAGAAGCAUAAAUUCACGCUGAAGUUCAGCUUAAGAAUUAUGGGAAAUUUCUUGAGGAGUAUACGUCUCAAUUGAGAAGAAUUGAGGAUGCACUGGAUGAUUCAAUUGGAGAUGUCUGGGAUUUCAAUCUUGAUCCUAUAGCAUUAAAGCUUUUGCCUUAUGAGCAGUCUUCCCUUUUGGAACUUAUAAAGACUGAAAACAAGGUCUUAAACAAAGUCAUCACAGUUUAUGCUGCACUUUGUUGUGAAAUCAAGAAAUUAAAAUAUGAGGCUGAAACUAAAUUUUAUAAUGGUCUCUUGUUCUAUGGAGAAGGAGUCACAGAUUCUAGCAUGGUGGAAGGUGAUUGCCAAAUUCAAAUGGGGAGAUUUAUUUCAUUCUUACAGGAACUGUCUUGUUUUGUUACGAGGUGCUAUGAAGUGGUGAUGAAUGUAGUCCAUCAGUUGGCUGUCCUCUAUAUCAAUAACAAGGUUGCACCCAAAAUUAUAGAGACAACUGGAGUUCAUUUUCAGACUAUGUAUGAGCACUUGGGAGAGCUGCUAACAGUUUUGCUUACCCUGGAUGAAAUUAUUGAUAAUCAUAUCACAUUAAAAGACCACUGGACUAUGUACAAAAGGUUACUGAAAUCUGUCCAUCACAAUCCUUCAAAAUUUGGAAUUCAGGAAGAAAAACUAAAGCCAUUUGAAAAGUUCUUGCUGAAGCUAGAAGGGCAGUUACUUGAUGGAAUGAUAUUUCAGGCCUGUAUAGAGCAGCAGUUUGAUUCUCUCAAUGGAGGAGUAUCUGUGUCAAAAAAUAGCACUUUUGCGGAAGAAUUUGCACAUAGUAUUCGCUCAAUUUUUGCAAAUGUUGAAGCCAGACUUGGAGAGCCUUCUGAAAUUGACCAGAGAGACAAGUAUGUUGGAAUUUGUGGACUUUUUGUACUACAUUUUCAAAUUUUUCGAACUAUUGAUAAAAAGUUUUAUAAGUCUUUAUUGGACAUUUGUAAGAAGGUACCAGCCAUCACUUUAACUGCUAAUAUUAUUUGGUUUCCUGAUAAUUUUUUGAUCCAGAAAAUACCAGCAGCUGCCAAACUUCUAGACAGAAAAAGUCUUCAAGCCAUUAAAAUACACAGAGAUACUUUCCUACAGCAGAAAGCUCAAUCGCUUACCAAAGAUGUACAGUCUUACUACGUCUUUGUGAGCUCAUGGAUGAUGAAAAUGGAAUCUAUUUUAUCUAAAGAGCAGAGAAUGGAUAAAUUUGCUGAAGACCUCACCAGUAGAUGUAAUGUUUUUAUACAGGGCUUCUUAUAUGCAUAUAGUAUUAGUAAUAUUAUUAAAACCACAAUGAAUCUCUACAUGUCCAUGCAAAAGCCAAUGACCAAAACCUCAGUUAAGGCAUUAUGCAGGCUUGUUGAACUUCUCAAGGCCAUAGAGCAUAUGUUCUACAGGAGAAGCAUGGUUGUAGCUGAUUCAGUUUCACAUAUAACACAGCACCUUCAACAUCAGGCUCUUAAUUCCAUUUCUGUGGCCAAGAAAAGAGUAAUUUCUGACAAAAAAUAUAGUGAACAGCGUCUUGAUGUGCUCUCUGCUUUAGUUUUGGCUGAAAACACUCUAAAUGGACCAAGCACAAAGCAAAGACGCCUUAUUGUUUCUUUGGCACUCAGUGUUGGCACACAAUUGAAAACAUUUAAAGAUGAAGAACUCUUUCCACUUCAGGUAGUCUUGAAAAAGCUGGAUCUUAUCAGUGAACUUAGAGAAAGAGUGCAAGCACAGUGUGACUGUUGUUUUUUAUACUGGCAUCGAGCUGUCUUCCCAAUUUAUUUAGAUGACGUAUAUGAAAAUGCCGUUGACGCAGCCAGAUUACAUUACAUGUUCAGUGCUUUACGGGACUGUGUACCUGCUAUGAUGCAUUCAAGACAUUUAGAGUCGUAUGAAAUACUUCUGGAUUGCUAUGACAAGGAAAUUAUGGAAAUUUUAAAUGAGCACUUGCUGGACAAGUUGUGCAAAGAAAUAGAGAAGGAUCUGCGCCUUUCUGUGCAUACUCAUUUGAAGCUGGAUGACCGAAACCCUUUCAAAGUUGGCAUGAAAGACCUGGCCCUUUUUUUCUCUCUGAAUCCAAUUCGGUUUUUCAAUCGUUUCAUUGACAUUCGAGCUUAUGUAACUCACUACCUAGAUAAGACGUUCUACAAUCUUACAACAGUAGCUCUUCAUGACUGGGCCACUUACAGUGAAAUGAGAAAUUUAGCUACUCAGCGCUAUGGAUUGGUUAUGACAGAGGCACAUCUUCCUAGUCAGACUUUGGAACAGGGCUUGGAUGUUUUAGAAAUUAUGAGAAACAUUCAUAUAUUUGUGUCUCGAUACCUCUAUAAUCUCAACAAUCAGAUUUUUAUUGAACGAACAAGCAAUAACAAACAUUUGAACACUAUUAAUAUUCGGCAUAUUGCUAAUUCAAUUCGAACACAUGGCACAGGAAUCAUGAAUACAACAGUUAAUUUCACGUACCAGUUUUUGAAAAAGAAGUUCUAUAUAUUUAGCCAGUUUAUGUAUGAUGAACAUAUCAAAUCCAGAUUGAUUAAAGAUAUUCGAUUUUUCAGGGAAAUCAAGGACCAAAAUGAUCAUAAGUAUCCAUUUGAAAGAGCAGAAAAAUUCAAUCGAGGCAUCAGAAAACUUGGAAUAACCCCAGAAGGGCAAAGCUACCUUGAUCAGUUCAGGCAACUCAUCAGCCAAAUUGGUAAUGCUAUGGGCUAUGUACGAAUGAUAAGAUCUGGUGGUCUUCAUUGUAGCAGCAAUGCCAUUAGAUUUGUGCCUGAUCUUGAAGAUAUUAUAAAUUUUGAAGAAUUAGUAAAAGAAGAAGGCCUUGCAGAAGAAACAAUAAAAGCAGCAAGGCAUUUGGAUUCAGUCCUCAGUGAUCACACACGAAAUUCUGCUGAAGGCACAGAGUAUUUCAAAAUGCUUGUAGAUGUUUUUGCACCAGAAUUUCGAAGGCCAAAGAAUAUACAUCUCCGAAAUUUCUAUAUCAUUGUCCCCCCUCUGACCCUCAACUUCGUAGAGCAUUCCAUUAGCUGCAAGGAGAAAUUGAAUAAAAAAAAUAAAAUUGGAGCUGCUUUUACUGAUGAUGGCUUUGCCAUGGGUGUGGCUUACAUUCUAAAGCUUUUGGAUCAGUACCGGGAAUUUGACUCACUUCACUGGUUCCAGUCUGUUAGAGAGAAGUACCUGAAGGAGAUAAGAGCAGUUGCUAAACAACAGAAUGUGCAGUCAACUUGUCAAGAUGAAAAACUACUGCAAACCAUGAAUCUUACCCAGAAGCGACUGGAUGUCUACCUACAGGAAUUUGAGUUGCUCUAUUUCUCACUGAGCAGUGCAAGAAUUUUCUUCAGAGCUGACAAGACUGCAGCUGAAGAAAACCAAGAAAAGAAAGAGAAGGAAGAAGAGACUAAAACAAGCAAUGGAGACCUGUCUGACAGCACUGUGUCUGCAGAUCGUGUUGUCAAAUGAUAUUGAUGGUAUGCGGUGCCCGUGACAGCAUCGGAAUGUGUCAUUACUAUUGCCACUGACAUGGAUGUUAGUAAGCUAACGAAGUGUUUCCUGGGCCACAUCUCUGGGAAAUAUGUUGGGACUCUUUAAGGCAGUGUUCUAAAGAGAAGUUCAUUCUUCUUCCAAAGGCUCAACUUUUCAAAGGUUGAGAAUGAGAUUUUAAAGUUGGAUUUUUGCCUGGACUUUAGGCCAGAUGUGCCUAGGAAGUGGAGUUAUAAAAGGGCCAAUCCAGAUUCCUAAACUGCCACCUCAGAUCUCUUGUAAUCCACAUGAAUGUUUAGAAUUUGUAUUUGUAUAGAUCUUUGAUCCAUAUUUGUCCAGUCAUUGGAAAUUCAAUGCAUAUGCUAUGUACAGCCAGUAAAUACAUGUUUAAACAAAAGGAAUUGAGCCUGAAAUUUAUGAAGCAUACAUACCAAUAUUAUAAAGGACUGUAUGAAGAUGGAUUUGAUACUGGAGACGAGGGAUAGUGUGUUAUGUACCCUUUAUGUACAAUAUAAACUGAUUUCAUUGUUAAUUUCCUGGUAUUCACAAGAGCUACUGAUGUCUUGGUGAGACAUUUUAUACUAGUUUACAUUGCUUUGAGAACAUUUAACCUCUAACAGCCGCUUUAAAUUUAAGAUUUACUUCAUACACAGGAUGAAAGAAAAUUCAGAUAAAGCCAUAGAGUUCUGCUUAAAGCUUCACUUUGGGUUGAAGGCACAUGUAUGAUACCUGAGAAAAAUGAAUGAUUGCUUAUUUUACAUCCAAACUCAGGUUUCUUCUUCAUUAGGCUGAACUGAAAUCUUGGUGAUGGCUUGGGCAGACUUUUUCUUUAAACCAAGUAUAAUCUAAGACAUCAGAUUAAGCACUGUACCACUGUGAUAAUAAAGUUUCUAAUAAAUCAUUUACUGCUUUAAAAAGUAUAGAAAGAUUUUGAGUAAAUUUAGCUCCCAGCAAGCUACUAGAUUUAUUUUUGUAAAGCUUUAUGUCAGUUAAUAGUUAAAUGGUUAUUAAUCAUGGCCUAUAAUCUUUUAAUGUAAAACUCAUACAUUUACAAUGAAAACAAGGAAGUUUAAAACUUUACAUGUAAUACUAACAUCAUUUUGGGAAAUGUUUGAUUUUCCAUUGCACUUGCCUAUGAAGCAUUUCUUCAGGUAAAUCCUGUAAGUAAUUCUAACAUUGUUGUUUGAUUUCCAGCUUUUGGAACAGGUGUACAAUGCCCCCUCUAUUCACGGUUACAGUCAGGGUUGUUUUCCCAGCCCAAGAUAAAAGCUUUCACUGUUAAAAGUCAGAAGAAACGAAUAGAUAGGAAAUAUAUAUUUUUUAACUGUGUAAACGUGACUUACCGAAUUAUGGACAGAGAAUGGACUAAAGGCAUUUAAUAUUUGUAAUUCAUUCUAACUGUAGAAGUGGCCCUAAAGCAUGCUGCAUAAUUAAUAAUUUAUAUUUUCAUUGUUGUAAAUGUUUAUAUGAAUGAUCUUGCAUUGGAUUCUAUCAAAUUAGUCACCAUUUCGUAGCAAAGUAUUGCUUUUCUGUUUUUUUUUUUCCUCUAACUUCCCUAAAAUCAUCUCAUUUAAAAGGGAUAGAAAAUGUAAUUACAAGAGAAUCAGGUGUCUUUGUUCAUUAUCCCCACACAUCAGUUAUUUAUCGAUCCUAGAUAGAAUUCACAUGCUGACUGUAUGGGUACUGGCAGUUGAGAAGAAAGUGAUAGGUUAUUAUUUUGCCUUUAGUCAAAAUAAUGUCACUACAGUCUGGAUAAAUUAUAGUAAGUUCACAUAGUUGAAAUAAAAUUUCUAAAAAGAUUAAGUAUAUUUAAAUGUUAUUAAAGUGCUGAGUUAACAGGGCUUGAAUUUCAUGCCUAAGUUAAUAUACACAUUUGGAUGAUUGUUUUCCUUGCUAACAUAUUAAUGCUAUUUUCAUUUUUUUCCAGACAUACUGUAAUUUAAAAUUAGUGUGAGCAUUUGUUGUAAAUUCACAGAAAACAAUAAUGUUAAAAAUCUCAGGAAUUAAAUGCUAACCAUAACACUGUCAGUUCUAAUUAAAUUUUGUAAAAGAUGGCAAGUUUGUUACUGGAGUGGGGCCACCCCUUUCCUCAGUUCUAAUAGAAUACAAUAUGUAUAAUAAAACAAUAAAUGUAAUUUUAAAAAUGUA